AUGAACGCUCAAUCCAAAUCAUUCAUAAAUAUAUAGAAACAAAUUAAUCUAUCUCUUUAAUUAAUAUCAAAAUUUAUCUAUAUUCUUUAUAUCAAUAUAUUUACAUUCUAAAAUAUCUUUAUAUUUUACUAAAUGGAUGGAUAUUAGAAGUGCCUUACAAAAUAAUCUAGUAAGAAUAUAAGCGAGGCUUUAAAUAAUUCAUACAUUUAGGAUGGCUUAUUUAUUGAAAAUCUCAAACAAAAUAAAGAAAUAGGACCUUGGGAGUAAGAAAAUAAUAAUUUAUUUGACCUAUUUUGUUCAGAGCUAGAAGGGUCUCAUCAGUUUAUCAAAUAUUCAAUUCAUACUAAACAGAGAAAAAAAAGUAAAAAGAAAAAAACAGUGAUAAAGAAUGAAGAAAGCGUUAAAAAAUAUGAUUUAUCACAAAAUAAAUAAAAUGUUGCUUUACAGCAAUACUACUAUACUCCUCAAGUUUUUCACAGCCUUAAUUAGCCAAUUGACUGUACAGUAUAUAUAUGCGAUUAGGAUAUUAAGAUUGAUGAUUAGUAGAAGGCUUAAGGUUACAAUUUGGAAAGAUAGGAUGAAUUAUAUAAUUUUUAGAGUAAUACUGAUAUAAAAAAUUAUUAGCCUACCAAAACUUUAUCUAUGGUAGACUUUCCUUAACACAAAUAAUGUUUUAUUUAACAAAACAAUAAAUUAGAUGAAAAUAGUAUUCCAAAUAACAAUAAUUAAAAUAGUAGCUUUGAUGAAAAAAUAGUCCUUCGAAAUUUUAAAAGAAAAUCAAAGUCUUAAAUUAGAUAAUAUGAAAAUUCGAAUAAAGAAAUAGUACAAGGAGUUAAUGGAGGUAUGAUUUCACAAUCAAGCAAUAGUAACUAUCCAAAUAAUAAUUCUUUAUUUUUAGAAGCAGAUUAAACUAGUAAAUAAUAAAUUAUUGACUCAUUUGAGUUAGGUUAAUAAAUCAGUCAAGCAAAACUAUUAGAAAAAAAAAUUUUAUAAAAGUAUUUUGAUGUAAAUGUAAUAUAAUAAUAGCAUUAAUAAUAAACACUCUCUCCUAAAAAUUAAUUCUUUUUAAGAGGUAGUCUUUAAAAUGCAUAAAUUAAAGACAGUCCUUCUUCUAAAGCUUAUAUUGGAAAGACUGAGCGCUCUCCAAUAAAAAAUGCUUAAAUGAUUGUGCAUUAGCAAUCAGAACAGACUUAAAUUUAGUAAGCUAUGUUAAACUAAUAAGCUAAAUUUAAAAAAUUUAAAUCUCUAAGAUGUAAGCAGAGAUCUAUUUCUUCAUAAUCAUCUUAGAUUAAAAUCCCAACGUUAAUGAAUGACAUAAGCAACGAGCGAUCUCCUAUUUAAAUUGAAAAACAAAAAUAUUAAACAUAAGAAGAUAUUCUUACAUCUUAAAAUAUAUAAUUAAAAUAAAAAAACCUUCCAAUUUUAAAAGGAAAUGUGUUUGCAGGAAAUAAUAUUGAAUUAUCUUAACAGUAAUAGAAAGAUAGUUCAAAGAAAGCAGCUAAUCAACAAGCUCUUUUAUUAAAAAACUAAAGGCAGCACCAUCAAAGUGCAAAUAAAGAUUAACAAUAAAUUAUAUAACAAUAAUAAUUAUUUUUGGAAUAAGAGGAGUAGAUUUAUUUACCUUAAUCAGCUAGAAAUUACCCAGAUUACGAUUAAGUAAAUUCUACUGUUAGCAAAUUAGAGGAUCACAAAAGUAGGAAGAGCUCAUUUCGUUAAAGCAGAAAAGAUUCUAGAGAUUCCCUCAAUUUAAUUGGGUUAAUUAAAAACGGAAAUUAAAAAAAUGAAUUUGAUUCAACAAGAUAAACACCUUAAAAAAAUAGUAACUAUCCUAAAAUUAGUUAAGCAGAUAAUACAUAAAACAAUAAUGAAGCUAAAUAAAGUUAUAACUCACCGUGGUAAAGAAAAAAUACGAAUAAGUUACCAUAAUUAAUAUUAUCAUCAAUACUAAACGAUAAUCAAAAUAACGAUGAAAAAUCUUAAGUUAUGAAUUCAAACUAUGCAGAUUAAAAUAUAAAUUCUUAAAGGAUAAUCAAUUUUCCUAUAUAUGAUUAAAAACCAGCUAAUCGUCAAAAUAGCCAUUUUAGUAAUUUGCAAUAGACGAAAUUUAUACAGUUAUACUUUAACAAAUCUGCAAAAAAGCCUCCUAUUCAUUAUUAAUCUUCAUUCCAAAAACAUAUAAAUUGA